AUGUCCCAACGCAGCGCCGAAAGCAGAACCACAACAAGGACAAGGACACCAGCCUACCAAGCCCAGCGCCCCGCUUCCUCCCUCCUCAUCGCCUCCAAACGACCCCUCACGAAGCCCAGCCCCGUGCCCCAAACAAUAAACCCCAGCGUCCAUCCCGCCAGCGUCACCAUCAAACCCUCAUUGUCUUCGAUUACUACGGCUACAGCUACAGCUACAGCUACAGCAACUACAGACGACCGGUCAAAGGCGCAUACAGUCGAGGUGGAUCUGUCGCAGCCGCCGCAGCCCUUUCUUGAUCCCAGCGUGUGGGAGCGGAUGAAGGCCGUGGGGAGGGAUGCGUCGACGGGUCCGAGUGCCGAGCGGGAGGAAGAGGAGGGAGAGAGGAUGCGGCGGAGGGAGCGAGAGGCGGAGUUUGGGCAGAUGGCGGUGCGAGGGAGAAUGGGGGGAAUAGGGAGGCAGAGGAGAUGA